UACCACACUUGUAUCACCACCACACUCGCCUCCAUCACCACUACCACACUUGCAUCACCACCACCACCACCACACUCGCCUCCAUCACCACCACCACACUUGCAUCACCGUCCGCGCUAAACUCCAUCACUCCUGCCACCAUCACACCAUCAUCACCACUGCACUUUCAUCACCAACACCACCUCCAUCACCACUUCCUUCAUCACCACUGACUGUCCAAAACGAUCAUCAACCAUCACUACUAAGCAACCUCUGUCACCACCAUCACCUCCUUCACCAACACCACUUCAACAACAACCACCACCAUCACAACCCAUCUCAUCUCCGCCAUCAGCACUAUAUCCUCCAUUGCCACUGCCACCACCGACUGCCUCAUCAUCCUCUUCCACCACCAGCACCGCCACCUCUUUCUCCAGCUCAGGCUGCCGAGUGUGGGAGUGCUGAUUUGCUGGACCUCAUGGCGCUGGGCAUUCCUGCACGCACGCCCCUGCUGCUGCUGCUGCUCCUACAGCUGCUGCUCGUGCCGGAGAGCUCUGCAGGUGAUGGUCCCAGCAGCUCGACCUUCCAGAUCUACAACGCGGCUCACGACCGCUGCCUGGAGGCCAAGGGCACCACCACGGGGGUGGCGAGGUGCGACGCCGACGCGCCAGCCCAGCGGUGGCAGUGGGGCUCCUCAGCCACGCUCUUCGCCGCCUCCUCCCCGGGCCUGUGCCUCUCGGGGCCUCUCAACCCCGCCGAGCUCAACCCCGUGGAGCUGGCGCCGUGCGGCGGCGGGCGGCCGCCGGCGGCCGCGGCAACGGCGGCCGGGGGGGGCAUAGCGGCCGGCCGCCUGCAGGCCUGGGAGUGCCGCAACGACACGCUGCUGUCGCUGAGCGGCACGGACCUGCACCUGAACUGGCGCGGGACCCAGGGUUCGGUGGCCGUGCUGUUCAGGGGCAUGCUGGGGUGGAGCCGCUGGGUGUUGUGGGAUACCCGCGACAGUCUUUGCAGCCGCACCUACACGGGUACGGGAACCGUGCUGGCCGUCUACACCUUCGAGGGCAACGCCAAGGGGCAGCCGUGCCACGUGCCGUUCCGCUUCGAGGGCACGUGGUACGGGGGCUGCACCACGCAGGGACGCAAGGAUGGCCUCCUGUGGUGCGCCACCACCCCCGACUACGGCGAGGGGAAGUGGGGGUUCUGUCCCGUGCCAGGAGACUCGUGCGAGCACUUCUGGCAGAAGGACCCCCGCUCCGGCUCGUGCUACCACCUGGCCCUGUCGGCCGCCCUGCCGUGGUACGAGGCCCGCAGCGCGUGCCGCCAGCAGGGGGCCCAGCUGCUGAGCGUGGCCCAGCUCCACGAGCAGGCCUUCCUCUCCGGGCUGACGAGCUCGCAGGACAGCACCCUGUGGAUGGGGCUCAACGACCUGGACGAGCACGGAGGGUGGCAGUGGAGCGACCACCGACCCUUCCGCUAUCUCAACUGGAAGGCGGGACACCCCACGGACGAGGAGGAUGCCAACUGUGGAGGCUUCGACGCCUCAGCCCAGGGCCAGUGGGUCACCCUGGCCUGCUCCAAGCGCCUGGGCUUCAUCUGCCAUAAGACAACCACCUCUCCCACACAGCCUCCACCAAAGCCAGCCACUGGCGCGGGGCCGCAGGGCUGCGGUGCGGCGUGGCUGCCCUACGCGGGCUCCUGCUACCGCAGGGCGGGGAGGCGCGAGACUCAGGCACGGGCCCUGGCCGCGUGCCGCCGUGACGGCGGCGACCUCGCCAGCAUCCACGGCGCGUGGGAGCUCGACUUCCUCGCCGCCCAGCUCGGAGGAGGGGGGGCGGGAGACGUGUGGAUCGGCCUUCACGACCGCCGCUCGCUCCUCUCCUACGAGUGGACGGACGACUCCACGGUGGACUUCACGCGCUGGAGCCGCUUCGAGCCGAGCGGCGGAGACCGCAGCGGAGAGAACUGCGUGAUCAUGACGGCCGCGGAAGGGCGCUGGAACGACACGCAGUGCGACCGCUCCUUUGACUUUGUGUGCAAGAAAGCGCCGAGCGAGCCGGAAAUCCACGAGCCGGAGCAGGGUUGCAAACCGGGCUGGAAGCGCUUCCUCUCCACGUGCUUUGCGUUUGAAGCGGCACCCCGGAGCCACGCCGACGCCGUCGCUCGCUGCACAUCCCAGGGGGCGGCCCUCGCCAGCGUCCACGACCGGUUUGAGCAGGCGUUCAUCACCAGCCAAAUCGGACUGGGCUCCCUGGGCUCCUAUUGGCUGGGCCUGAGCGACGUCGACCAACCGGGGACCUUCAGGUGGCUCGACGGAAGGCCGGUGACCUACACAAACUGGGGAGUGAACCAGCCAGGCGGCGAUGCGGGCUGCGUGGUGGUGCUGGCCGGCUCCACCGCCGCGGGGCUGUGGAGCGUCAGGAACUGCACGCACGGCCGGGCGGGCGUCGCGUGCCGGGGCCUCCCGCAGGGGGUCACGGCCCCCCCGCCCCCCACCUCGCCCGGCCCCACCCCCACCCCCCCGCCCUGCGCCGUCGGGUGGACGACGAUGGGCAACCACGAACACUGCUACCAGGCAGGGCCUCGUCACGUCGUCAUCGUCGUCACGUCAUCGUCACGUCAUCGUCACCUGAACUUCGUGCGUCUGCAAGCUCGCCGCACGUGGUCCGAGUCUCGCGACCACUGCCGCCAGCAGGGGGCCGACCUGCUGAGCCUGCACGGCCGCUCGGAGGCCAUCCUCCUGCACAAGAUCUCCAGGCGUCAGCCGUUUGCAGAUGCCAAUUACUGGAUCGGCCUGAACAGCCUGGACCCGGACAAGGGCUUCGUGUGGAGCGACGGCACGCCAGUGUCCUUCAAGAACUGGGGGCGCGGGGAGCCCAACAACUACGGCAACACGGAGCACUGCGGCGAGGCGAAUCGGGGCUGGGCCUCCGAGUGGAACGACAUCGACUGCAACGGGUUCAGGAAUUGGGUGUGCAAGGUGGCACGAGGCGUUGCGGUGAAGCCACCGCCAACAGAGGCGGCCCCAGUGACAGGCCCGUCGGGGUCCCGCUGGGUGCAGCGUGGCGAGGUGGAGUACCUCCUGAACGACUCGCUGAAGCUGCCCUUCGUGCAGGCGCGGGCCGCCUGCCGGCACCUCGGUGGCGAGCUCGCCUCCAUCGCUGACAAAGAGGAAUGGUUCUUCCUCUAUCGGAAGGUGGCGAGGAUGGCACAUGAUGAGCAGUGGUACAUCGGCCUGGAGCUCGGCAUUGAACGUCAACCUCGCUGGGUGGAUGGAACUCCCAUCACGUUUGAGAACUGGGCCCACAACGAGCCCAACCACGCCAACAUGGAGGAGAGCUGUGGCACAAUGUACUCCAGGGACGGCAAAUGGAACGACAUCAACUGCGGCAUGCCCAUGGUGUUCAUCUGCGAGCGCAACAACGCGUCGGCCUCGGGGCUGCCCACGCUCCCCCCCACCGCCCCCACUGCCGGCGGCUGCCCUUCCUCCUGGCUGCCCUUUGGAAACAAGUGCUACAGGUUCCACUCCAACGAGUCCGAGUGGGACACGUGGGUCAACAGUCGAAACGUCUGCCGCACGGCCGGGGGUGACCUGGUCUCCGUCACCAACUGGAGGGAACAAGCCUUCAUUGUCAGCAACCUGGCCGCGGUGAACGGCAGAAUGUGGAUCGGCCUCAACGAUCGAAACAUGGAGGGGCGCUUCCUGUGGACCAGCGGCGUGCCCGUGCUCUUCACCAACUGGGCCCCGAAGUCUCCGCGAUCGACCCACAGCAGGCAAGACUGUGCUCUGCUGCUGGCCACCAGCAAGAUGGAGACCGUGGGACAGUGGGAGGACGUGCACUGCGAUGGAAAGCACGGCUUCAUCUGCAUGCAGAACAAAGACCCAUCGCUGCCGAACAGGGAGCAAGCGGUUCCGUUGGCCGGCUUCAUGCGUUUUGGCGACGCCGAGUUCCGGGUGCUGGAGGCGCCCCUGGGCUGGACGGCGGCGCGGUCGGCGUGCCGGGCACAGCGGGCGGACGUGGCAAGCGUUGUGAGCCCCUACGAGCAGGCCAUGCUCGCCCUCAUCGUCCACCUCACGAGGCCGCUCUGGAUAGGGCUCAACGGGAACCUGACCGGCGGCGACUUUGGCUGGACCGAUGGCUGGCCGACCUCGGUGACCUACUGGGCGCCGGAGCAGCCGGCGGACGCCGGGAGCUGCGUGGCCGCGGCACAGAAUCAGGGCCUCUGGACCGUCGCCAACUGCAGCAGCAAAAUGCCCGUGCUUUGCAAGAAGUGGCACGUCAAGCCACCGACGGUCCCCCCCGAGGUGGAGGGCCGCUGCCCGGAGGAUCCGAAGGGGACGGCGUGGGUCCCGUUCCGCAGCAGCUGCUACCUCUUCCAGAGCAGCAAGAUCAUCACCUGGUCGUACGCCAUCCUCAUCUGCAACCGCCUAGGCGGGAGGCUCGCGACGGUGAACGACCACGUGGAGCACAGCUUCAUCGUGGACAACGUGAAGCAGCUCGGAGACCAGGUGGCCGGCAUGUGGAUCGGCAUGUUCAAGAACCAGGAAGGAGAGUUGCUGUGGAUGGACAACGCUCCCGUGAGGUUCACGCACUUUGAACACGACCACAACUGGCACAGUCCGCUGGAGUACUGCACCUACGUGGACACGAGAGAGUGGAGCUGGAAGAUGGACCCGUGCUAUCGGUUGCGGGGAUACGUGUGCGAGGCACCCAAAGAGCCACUGGCGAGCCCGGCCAAGUCGUCCUCAGAAAUAGACCCCACUGACCUCCCGGACUCGUUGCGCCGCGGCUCUGCCUCUGCCACAGCGGUGGGCGCCCUCGCCCUCUCUGCCUGCGCCUCCCUCGCCCUCGCCUGGGUCUGCCGGCGACGGCGGCGGCGGCUCGGGGCGCCGGGGGGCUGCCCCCCGCCGCGCUGGUUGCCCUCGCUACCGUGGGGGGGAGGCGGCGGCGGCGGCCGAGGCGGGGGGGGGGGUCGCGGUGACCGCCCGGGUGGACGAAGGCAGCUCGUUUGAGAACGCCCUUUACGGCGCCCACUCGGACGACGCCGACACCAACGCCCUCGUUCAGGACGUGGAAGAGCAGUGACUG